AUGUCGCGUCGCCGCCAAGGCAGGCCCAUCGCCGGCUCCACCCGCACCGGCGGCAGUCCCGCAAGCUAUCGACCGAAAGCUGAGCGGCUGCCCACGACGAGCAUCGAUCGAGCCUGUGGUGGAAUUUUGGCGGUGCUCCCUGCGCCGGCAGCUCGACGUGCCAUGCUCGACGAGCGAGGAAAAAGGAAAAUGGAAGCUGGCGGCCGACAACUCGUCAUCGUCGCUGCCCUGCAUACCCAUCCCGCCGCCCUCGAAGGACGAGGCGGCGGCGGCGGGCUGGCAGCAAGCCCAGGGCUGGUGCGGCGGGAACAGGGUCGGCCGUCCGAGCGGCGACGGCGCGACGGCCUGUUCCAGCGUCCCGCGAGCCGCUGA